GGAGCGGGCGCCUAGCCGUCUGCCGCGGGGACCCGGCGCCAGGCGACGUUCGCUGCUAGUUUUCUUAAUGGGGACUUUUCACCUCGGAGGGGCUGUGACUAGUGUCAAGUCUCCCCAUUCCCUCAGGGCCGACGGGGGAGUUCGAACCUAGGACGCGGGAUGCACGAAGCCCUCCAGCUUUCCCGAGCAUGCACCCAGGUCCGCGCCUUGGGAACUCGGAGCGAGUUGCCCCCCUUUUGCCCAACACCCAGUGCGGUAGUUCUCAAAAUAAACCCGCUCCUCCUUAGGGGGUAGACCAGGCCUUCGUGUGGGUUAGGAAAUUGGUUUGGAUCUGUGCUGGUUUUCGGAUGAGUCAGGUGAGGAUGAAGAAACAGCCCCCAGGGUGGCCUGAAGUCACACCCCUCGGGGAGUGGGCACGGAGGUCGUGGUGGUAGAAGCUGGCAGUGACCUCGUCUGGGUGUGCCUUCCAGACUGAAACAGUCGCGUCUGGUUCGGCGCGCCGCCUGAGCCCAUGGAGCUGGAGAAGCAGUGGUGGCGAGGACAGCUGGCUGCCGAUAUUCAUCAAGCGCUUCGGUACAAGGAGCUGAAGUUGCCCUCCUACAAAGGCCAGUCCCCUCAGCUAAGUCUCAGACGGUAUUUUGCUGACCUGAUUGCCAUUGUUAGCAAUCGCUUCACUCUCUGCCCUUCAGCCCGACAUCUUGCUGUCUAUUUGCUAGACCUGUUUAUGGAUCGCUAUGACAUCUCUAUCCAGCAGCUGCAUUUAGUUGCACUUUCCUGUCUUCUUCUAGCAAGUAAAUUUGAAGAAAAAGAAGACAGUGUGCCUAAGCUGGAGCAGCUCAACAGUUUGGGUUGUAUGACUAAUAUGAAUCUAGUAUUAACAAAACAAAAUUUGCUCCAUAUGGAGCUAUUAUUAUUAGAAACCUUUCAGUGGAACCUCUGCCUUCCAACAGCUGCCCAUUUCAUUGAGUAUUACCUGUCCGAAGCAGUACAUGAAACAGACCUUCAUGAUGGCUGGCCAAUGAUUUGCUUGGAAAAAACUAAACUGUACAUGGCCAAAUACGCAGAUUACUUUCUGGAAGUAUCUUUGCAAGAUUAUGCCUUUCUAAAUUAUGCACCUUCUUUAGUAGCUGCUGCAUGUGUGGCUUCUUCAAGGAUUAUACUUCGUCUUUCUCCAACGUGGCCUACUAGACUGCAUCGUCUUACUGCUUACUCCUGGGAUUUCCUAGUGCAGUGUAUUGAACGGCUGUUGAUUGCUCAUGAUAAUGAUGUGAAAGAAGCAAACAAACAGAGAGGGCAGGCAGGACCUCAAUCAGCACAAUUAAGUGUGUUUCAGACAACCUCCCAGCCCUCACGACCAGUUCACUUUCAGCAACCCCAGUAUCUCCAUCAGACGCAUCAGACUUCACUGCAGUAUCGCCAUCCUGUAUCGGAACAACCAAGCUGUCAACAGAUUGUAUCUACCACACACACCUCAUCUUACACAUUACAGACAUGUCCUGCUGGCUUCCAAACUAGUGUUCAGGGCCUUGGGCACGUGCAGACUGGUGUUGGGAUGUCACUAGCAAUACCAGUAGAAGUUAAGCCCUGUUUGAGUGUUUCUUAUAAUCGGAGUUACCAGAUAAAUGAACAUUAUCCUUGCAUUACUCCAUGCUUUGAAAGGUGACUAUGUGUGAAGGUAAUACCUGACCCAGACUAUUUUGUGACUUGAUGCUCUGGGGCAAGAUUUUUUUAAACUUCUCUUCAAAAGGAAAGGGAGUGAAAUGGCAUCAGCACACUUCAGAUACCAGCUCCAAGGAGACUGCAUAUCCCUUUCGGUGCACCAUGACCACCUGGGAGGACUCAGCAAACUCUGCAAACACUUUAAUACUGUGUAUAUCAAAUCUUGUUACAAAUCCCUGUGUGAAAAGAUUUUCAAGCCCUGGCUGGUGGUCCAAAUAUUUCAAAAAUAUUCAAUAUAACUGAAAAUUUGGACCAACCUCAAUUCGCCAUAUUGAAAUCUGACCUGUGGUGGUUUCUGUGCCUAAUGGUGGCUUAUAUGUCAAAGACUAAUCUUUAUCUGUGGACGUGCCAUACAGUCUUUUAUGAAGGAAAGUUAACAGUAUUAAUUUUUUAAGAAAUCUCUUUUUCCUGCAGUUUUGAGUUAUAUUUUUGAUUUACAGAUGAACUUUUGACCAAGUUAAAAAUUGUAAUUGCUAUGCUAUACCAACCUGCACAGUAAAAAAAAAAAAGGAAAAAUUUUUAGAUGAUUCUAUAUCACUCCCUAUCAAAAACAGUAUAGGUAUUUGGAUUUAUGUAUUAAAGUUAAGGGUGAAGUAGAUAUCUUAAAAUCAUGGUCAUAUUUUUUUGUUUUUUCCCUAAAUGAUCACCUUCAUAUCUUUGGAUAAAAACACAUUUAACUCAGGGAACUUAUACUACUUGGAAACAGUUAACUGUAAUGCAGCAUGCUUUGGGAAUGUUAGAGUAUGAACUACCUUUAUAACGUAGGCUAAAUACUCAUGCUAAGAUGCGUUUUCAAAUGAGUACAUACACUGUAGCUCAGAAUGAAGUGGUGGUUCCUAUGAUUCAUAAUAUAUAUAUGGGCUUUGCAUUUCUUGGUGCAAUCAGUGGUCUAUACUUAGAUUUGAUAUUACUCUUAAAAAAACGCUUUUUUUCAAGGAAAGGCAUAACUAUAAAUUCACUACUAGAAUAAAGUUCUGUAGGUUUAUUUUGGAGUGGAGCGUGGCCAGGAUAGUUCCCAGGUUGUGCUACAGCAGCACUUUCUUCUGUUAUGUGGAAGACAGGUUUUAAGAGCAACCUUUGAAUCCAGCUUGUCAGUCUAAGCAGGCAAAGGUACUAAUUAGUAAAUUCUGUAGCCACUUUUGUUGGAUUGGCCCCAGAACUGUCCUGGGACAACAUUUCACUUUACUGAUAGUGAGUGAAACAGUAAUAAUAAUCAUUACAGCAAGGGCAAUUUGGGAGUAAAGAGUUUUGGAGAAUAAAUUUAAAAAGUAAAAAAAAAAAAAUCAUUGUAAUAACUGAUAAACGGUAUACAUUGUACUCUUAAUUUGUGGGAGAAGUGAGAUUUGGUGGAGGGAGGCUUUUUUAAAAAAUAGCACUUGAAUAGAAGGGGGUCUGCGUGGCAGAUAUGUGACUGCCACAAUAUGUAUUGAAGACAAACUUAUUAUAAAUAAGUUGUGGGUAUGCAGCAGGAGUCUCAGCAAUCAAGCCCAAUGGCUUUUGUUAGGAAGGGAAGGAGCUCCACACAGUAACAGACUGAUCCAGGGGGCUCCGGUGGAUGAACAUGGGUGAGUGCUUCUGCCAGCAUGAAUUCUUAGAGAAAUAGCCUUUCCUUAAAAUGAAGAUUACUUUUAUAUUUAGAGCACACAGGGCAUGAUGUGGAUUUAUUAGUCUGGUAGAUAAACUUAAAAAAAAAAAACACUCAGGUAAGAGAAGCUCAUAGUAGUUUUCAAGCAUGAAAAUUGUUUUCUGAAAGUAUCACUUUCCCUCUUUACAGAAGGCUGCUAAUUGGAUUUUGGUAGUUCUUACCUUAAAACUUGAAUUAUUUGGGGGAAAGUAGGUUCAAAAGGGAAUCUAUCAUUCACAUUCAGAACCCAGCAACCUGGAUCCAAUUUUCAGUAUUUUAACUACCUCAAUAAUACUAUGAAUGUAAGAUACUGGGAUAGAGAUCCCAACUUGAAACAACAACUGGUGCCUAUGGUAAUUUAAUGUCUUGUCAAAUGCUUUUAUGGAUUUGGUUUAAAUGUCAUUCUUGUUAUAGAAGAAUAUGCCUUUUAAAAAAAAGCUUAUUAACACUUUCCCAAUGUAUAUUUAAAGAUGCUAAAGAA